AUGGCAGCCAUUUUGCAAUUGAUAUCAGCCCAACAGAUUGAAUCAGUCACCUUGUCGGAUAAGAGGAGAGUAUACAACACUCUCACGCAACAACAAGAGCUUUUGCUUCGAGAAGAAAGCCAGUCUAUCUUACAGCAAGCGAAACACUGUUCACCCUCAAUCAUCGGUCUUGAAGAUUCUUCAAGUUUCAUCUCUGAAAACACCGCAGGUAUCAGUUUGGCAUUCAAUUUCGAUGCCUUCGUACUUGCGUCUAAGAUAUACUAG